AUUUAAGAUCAAUUUCACAGCUAGACAAAAUACAAUUUGCGUUUUGAGAUGUUGAAGGUCUGAUAAUGGCUGUAAGGGAACUGUCGAUGUUUAUGGUGUGUUUUUGGAUUGUCUGUGCUAAUGCUGGACAUGAGAUCUUCUCAUCAACAGAUCAAAUUGCACAACUUUAUGGGAAGACGAAAGACCUUCUGAAGGUGUUCAGUCAGUGUGUUGAUGCUGAGAAUGUAGAGACAACGAAGAGUGUUCUUCUGAAUCAUCAUCUUUCAUACUCUUACUCUGAGAACCCUGAAGAAGCUGUGAGAGACCCUGUGGCAGCUUACAGACUCCUCAGAAGAAUGAGAAGUGAUUUUAUGUAUAUUGUAAAACGUAUUCAGCCGAAUCUUACUCAGUGUGAAGAGUAUCAGAAUGAGUUGGACUCAAAGAUCCCACAGCGGAAGGACUUGGAUGGUGCAGCUUCAGGACUGAUCAGACUACAAGAGAUCUACAAACUCCACCCAGAAGACAUCACAAAGGAAACGUCUCUAAAUGCAGAUGAGGCUUUCAAUGUUGGGUUGGUCGCUUAUGAUGAGGACAAAUUCCAGCACGCAUUCCUCUGGUUUCUGUACAGUCUGGACCGAUUAACAGAAAACUCAACCACUACUGAAGAAGAGUUACUCCGUUUCCUUAGUUCCUCAGUCUAUCAUUUUGGCAGCCUGUCUGUGGCAAUCUACUUCAGCCAACGGCUUCUAACUCUGGAUCCGAGUAAUGAUGAAGCCAGAGUUCAGCUGAACAGACUCCUUCACUUACAGAGCAACCCUGACAUAUUUCCACUGAACACAGAGUCAAGUAACUAUGAGGCUCUGUGCAGAGGAGAGGUUGAUGAGACGAUCUCCAAGAGGCAGAGGGCGCUGUCCUGUAGGUACAGCACAGGUGGAGGAAACCCCAGACUGAUGUACGCACCAGUGAAAGAGGAAGUGGAGUGGGACGAGCCUCGCAUCAUCAGAUAUCAUGACAUCAUAUCAGACAGAGAGAUGGAGAUCCUAAAGAAUAUCUCCAGACCUCAACUUUCUAGAUCGCAAGUUUAUCGUGCUGGAAUCACAGAACCCUUAAAACUACGUGUUUCUCAAAGUGUUUUUCUAAGCAAUGACCCUGUGGAAGCUGGUGUCAGUCAGAGGAUUGCAGAUGUUACGGGACUCUCCAUGGAAACCGCUGAAUCACUGCUUGUUCAGAAUUAUGGGGUUGGUGGUGCAUUUGAACAGCAUAUUGAUGCAUUAGAGAUAGAGAAUGACAGGAUUGCUACAUUCCUAAUUUAUUUGAGUGAUGUGGAGAUAGGGGGCGCCACUGUCUUCCCUAAAGUUGGAGUUUCAGUGUCUCCUAAAAAGGGUUCAGCCGUGCUUUGGUACAAUCUCCACAGAAAUGGUGAAGUGAAUUGGAAUACGGAGCACGCUGGAUGCCCUGUGUUGAUGGGUAACAAAUGGGUGGCUAACAAAUGGAUCCGUGAGUUUGGACAGGAAUUCAGGAGCCCUUGUUCUUUGUCAGACUGGGAGUGAAAGACUCUACAAGGCCUGAAAUCAUAAGAUAUUUGUAUCUAUAAAUGUUAACAUAUAGAGAAAGUUGUACUCUGUCUCUACAUAUGUAUCAGUGAUGUAAGGAGGAUCUUCUGGAACAUGUGUUAUAUCAACAUUUGCUGUUUGUAACAGUAUAUUUCAUUGUCACUAUUACUGCCUCAGAUCACAGUUGAGUUUUUUUAUAUCUUGCCCUUCUCUCGAUGCAGCUGAGCCAAUUUCUCUGGAUCUCAGAACACAAAGUCUAGCCCAUGUGAUCUCUCUCUCUCUCUACCGGCAGAACCCUUUAGCUCUUACAUGCACUGCAGAAAGGUGCUGUGCAAUUAGUUUUGCAAUGUGUUAAUAUGAGUAUUUAGAGUUUGCCUUGGUCAAAUCUUUGAUACAAAAUAAAUAAACUUCAGAAUGCACAA